AUGAAGUUGUCGAUUCGAAAUAUACAAACAGUUGCCCACGGCCAAUAUUGUCAUAAUAGACGAACGGCACAACCGAGUGUUGUUCAGUAUUCUAUGUUAGAUGCUUCAUGCCCAACUGGCAAUUAUACAAAAAUAUCGUCUUUCGCUAGGCUUAAACGCUCUACGUCAUCAAGAUACAAAAAAUAUCGAAAAGAUUUAGCUCCCAUACAUCCCCUUCAAAAACCUUAUACCCUCAUACAUUUAUCAAAUAAUUCUAUACAACCAUUGCUAUGA